GGAGGACGGCGGGGAGGAGAUGGCAGCGCCCGGGGCCCCGAGGAAGAGGGAGCCAGGCGCGGCUCCCCACGGGAACUUCAUCAACUAGGCGGCCUUCAACCCCCCGGCUCGACGCGUCGCGCUGCUGCCCCGCGAGCUUCUGAGGCGGCUCCUGCCGGAGUCCGCGCCGCCGUUCCUCGCCCUGGACAUGGGCUGCAACAGCGGGGUGAGCGCAACUCCACGUUACCACGGACGGGGCUGAGGACGUCGACCGCUGGGGAAGAUGGAAUACACUACCCCAUAUGCGCGUUGUUCAUCAAACACGAGCUGACGGUGGCUGUGUAUCGGCACCUGACGGGGCUGGACCAGCCCGAGGGUGCACGCUCUGGGCAGGUUGCCCGCGUGCUGCCGCUGUCUGUGCUGGCGUGCGACCUGGACGCCGAUCUGGUGGAGCGUGCGCGGGGCGACAAUCCUCACCCGGAGGUCAUCGCCUACGAGGCGUUUGACUUCAUGGACACCGCAGCACGAGACGCCGCGCUGGACGCCUUCCUGCGACGCCACGGCCGGGCGCGCUUUGACCUGUGCCUGUGCAUGUCGGUGACGAUGUGGAUUCACCUGCACCACGGCGAUGCCGGCCUGCGGCGUUUCCUCGCGGCCGCCGCGCGCACCGCCACCUUCCUGUUGGUCGAGCCGCAGCCGUGGAGGUGCUACCGAGCGGCCGCGCGCCGCCUGCGCCGUCUGGGGCUGGCCGAGUUCCCCCUCCUGCCGGAUCUGCGGCUCCUGCGUGGGGCUGGCGGCGGUGGCGGCCGCGCGGAGGCCGAUGAGCUGGCCGCCUUGCUGGGAGAGGAGGGAGACAUGCGCUUGCUGUCCAGCCUGGGCAGCACCGAGUGGGGGCGGUCCCUGCUGCUGUUUGGACGAACGGGAGUGGCCUUGGGAUGCAUUGACAAAAGUACCGAUUGAAACUGCGUUGCUGCUGUGGCCUUCGAGGAUCUGUUGCCUAUUUGGAGAGAAUUCGUGGUCGGAAAUGUUAAGUGUUUGUCAGUUUUUAACACCUUUAUUUGUUGAUGGUACAUUGUUUUCUCGUCGUGCGUGUAAAUGCAGCAUGUUGUUGAAAACGUGUUAUAAUUUAUCAGAAUAUUAUAUAUAUAAAGUGACAACAAUGCAAAACGUACCUUUUUUGUACCUCUGAAAAUAAAAUUGUAUGCAAAAAGAGUUGUCAGUUUUGAAGGACCCAACCAGAAUCAUUUAUGAUAAAGGGAAUGAAUGUUUUUUUUUUAAUAAAUGGGACAACAGCAUCUCAUAAAAUGGAAAAUGAAUAUCACCAACUUCAAAUCAUUGUUUGGAGGAGGCAUUUUGAAAAUUAUAUCAAACCCAGGCCAUGGAAGACAUACAGAAAUAUUUCCUCUUCACAUGCGAUUUUCCUCAAAUAAUUUAAGGCAGCUCAUGAUGUGACAGUGGAGGCUGCUUUGUAAAGGUGAACUAUGUCCCUGUUUCCUUUGGAUUUCCACGUGCAUCUGAAAUAUUAUUGAAAUGCACAUGUAAAUGUUUUGGAUACGCCACUUUUAUAUUUAUAGUGAAAUAAAAUCUGAACAUUGUAAAUA